GAGAAUCCCUCCUGGCACAGAAUAUGCACUGGCAAAAAUCGUCUACACCUGAGCAUCCACCCCUGCCACGCCCCUAUCAAGGUGUCCGCGUCAAAGAGCCGGUGAAAGAACUUCUGAAGCGAAAACGUGGAAGUGUUCAGAAUGCAAACAUGACUGCGGCAACAACGGUGUUUUUCCCCCAUCAGCCACUUACAUCUUAUGCACCCACUGGUCAGGUCUGCGCAGAGUCGGACUUGGUUGCCCCUUCGUUGCCCAUUACUGACGAAACGUCGCUCUACUCUGGGUGGCUGGCGCAACCGACGCCCGCCUCUCUCCAGCCUUUGACCCAGUGGACCACCUACCCAGAUUAUGUGUCUCACGAAGCCGUCAGCUGCCCUUAUACGGCGGAUAUGUAUGUUCAGUCCAUGUGCCCCAGCUACACACUUGUCGGAACAUCUUCGGUGCUGACCUACGCAUCGCAGCCACUGAUCACGAACUUUGCAGCGAGGCCCUCCACGCCAGCUGCGGUGCCUCUUCUAGAUGCGAUGGACCAGCAACCGCCCCUGAGCUACUUCCCGUGGACUCAACCCAUCUCGACGUUGCCAGCCCCUUCUCUGCAAUACCCACCAGCUGCAACUGCCCUCCCAGCCCCCCAGUUUGUUCCUCUUCCCAUUUCGGUGGCCGAAGCGGUCCCCCAAGAGCUGGAGGAUGCGCGGAAGGAGAUGGGUGGACUGACCAUCGAGAAGCUCCUCUUGCAAGAUGAACACAGCGGCGCCUACGAUUUAACCAGCAGCCUCCCCGUCGAAGGGCUAUAA